CAGAAAUCGUGAGGAGUCUGAGGACCAUACGGCGACGACAUCAAACCAUCAUCGUGACCCCAGGCCAAUCCAACAGCAGUCUCGCGGGCUCUUUCAACUUCAUGGGCGCACAAGAAACCUCUCAUCAUGCAGGGCGACCUUGUCACGCGGCGCACACAGUUCUCGAGUUGUGAUGAGUGCCGUCGGUCACGCGUGGCCUGCGACGCGGUCGUUCGCGCCAAAGAAUUGGGCGAGGACAACGUAGGCGACGUGGAUGUCAUAUGCUCAAGAUGCGAGAGGAGGAAGAAGAGCUGUACUUUCAAGUGGGUGAAAGAGAACAAGACGGCCACGGCCAAGAAGGCAUCGAAAACGGCCAAGGGCAAGAAAAGCCGCCAGGAGAAGAGGGAGCUGUCAAUGAGUGAUUCCGCCCUCUCUAUUCACCAGCAUGAGCUGCCAGACGAGGUGGCAGCGCGACCCGCAAGCAUUCGCUCAUCAAACCCCUCAGACUGGCCGUCACCCUUUGGCCACCUGAUGCAGGACAAUGCUGCAGGCUCUUUUGACAUGGCUAUCUCGCCGGCAAGCAAUUCAGUCGGUAUCCUCAACCCAGAGAUCAUCAGUGCACUCGACUCGUAUUGGCUCUCGGCCAUCUACCAGACGGGGUUCGACUCGGUGUUUGGGUCGUGGAUGGGGCGUUUCUGCAAUCCAUUCGCGACGGGCGAGCACAGCCGCGCAGACAAAUACGUGCGCAUCUCCGACUUGUGCGGCAAGCUUGACCAAUGGAUGGCCAGUGAGAAUAGGAUGCCUGAUCAUUCAGCAACAUCACCCAGAGACCUGAGUCACGCCGAGAUGGUCAGAGACCGGCAGAUUGACGAGUCUCUGCGCAUGACCAUUGUCGCCUUCUCGGCCAGGUGGCUGCCCUUGGUGCCCUCGUCGAGUGCAACAGGUCAAGGCCGUGAUCGCAGUGCGUCGAUCGAAGCACUAUGGAGACACGCUAGGCGCGACAUGCUCAGAGUCAUCAAUCGGCCAUCGUAUCGAUCCAUGCUCACUCUGUUUCUCUUUGCUCUGACGCCCAUACCUUCGAGCAUCUCGGAAGACGAGGAGUUGGAUGGCAUCUCGGGACAAUCAUGCGUGCACGCCGCCCUCCAGCAGAUCCAGAUACUACGUGCACGUCACAGGAAUCUCCAGUUCAGUGGCUCCAAGGUGUCGCCUUUUUCCAAACGUCCACCGAUGCCGACGAGCCCGGAUUCACUUGGCACCUCCGAUUUCAUGAUGGCCGAGAGCACAGCGCACUGGGCCGCACUCACCUUCGACACCUCAGCCUCGCUGACACUCAACAGCCGCUCCCUUUUGUCAUCUGGUCUGUUUGGUUACGACGAAGAGCUAUCAUGGCGUCUCGUGCGCUCGUCGGCCAAGAUGUUUGUCGAGACGUCGCACCAGUGGCUGCCUGGCAGUAUCGACAUUGACGACGAUCGUGCGAAUCGCAUCGUGGGAGCUGCAGCAGCCUGGAAACUUUGGGGAUGGAAACUCACCGCCGUAUUCAAAGAGGCGCUCCGGGACGGCCACGAGGAAGACCGAGUCCAGAAUGCAUUCGCCGCGGUCGUGGAGUCGAUCCAAUACUUCAACGUGAGCUUCCGGCCCCAUCUUGAGGCAUGUCAACGGCGCAUGCAUUUCCUGAACCAAGACACCCGGUUGCGAUGGUACUCGCUGAUGCUGCAUUAUCACUUGAGCAUCCUCAUGCUUGUGGAUAUUGUCGAGGCCACCGAGCGCUUUGACCUGAUGGCGAAUCUGAAGGUGCUCACCGCCGAGGCCGAGAACACGGUCAUGGACACUUUGGUAUUCGGCCUGAACAGCAUGUUCACCCUCUCCAUCAACCCUAACAGCGCCUUGGCCCAGGGCCACGCCACAUCCAUCACUGUACCGCUCACGGCUGUCGACCCGUACCCCCACCACAUCGUGGCGGCUAUGCAGCUCGUCCGCAAAGCGAUUGAAAGGGACUACAGCGUGGGGAAGAUUACCCCGGACUCGUACGCGACGUUGCGCGCAACCAUGGAGAAGACACUAGAUCUACUGCCCCAGAGCUCCAAGUCCAUCCAGGCCGCCAAGGUGCGACAGAUUGAAGGGGAGCACGGAAAUAACCCCCACCGACCUCCUCCCCCACAAGCGUGGGGACGGAUCUCCAGGUUAUCGGAUCCGCUCAUUUUCAGGCGCUGCGUCUCCAUCCUGGGCGCCGGGACACAAGGGCGACGCUUGGCAUUCAUGUGGUCAAGUCAAGGACAGGAUGUCCAUCUCAUUGAUGCGCAACCGUCGCAGCUACAAGCUAGCAUCGGAGCUGUCGAGGAGCUACGGGCGUCAUGGUCUGCGAAGGGCUCAGCGACGGGCAAGAUUGUGACACAUCUCCCCGACGAGCUGGGUCAAGCUUUGCAGUCUUCAUGGCUUGUGGUCGAGUGCGUUCCCGAACGAUUACCGUUGAAGAAAAAGAUUCUCCAAGAACUGGACUCUGUGGCACCGGAGGAUGUCAUUGUUGCCUCCAAUUCGAGCAGCUAUUCGUGUGGCGAAAUCAUUAAAGAUCUGGAUCUAACGCACAAGAGUCGGAUACUCAGCGCACACACGUAUUGGCCGCCCGAGACGCCAGCUAUUGAAAUCAUGAGUCACGAGACCACAGACCAAGCACAUGUGCAGCUCAUGCUCGACCGAUGCGCGGCCCAUGGGUUCGAACCUUUCCACGUGCGAAAGCCUUCAAUGGGAUAUCUGUAUAACCGGAUAUGGGCUGCCAUCAAACGCGAGGCGCUUCUCGCCGCGUCCGAGGGUGCAGGAACCCCAGAGGAGAUCGAUGCCAUCUUUCGAGGCAUCCUCAAGACCGCCAAGGGGCCCUUUGAGCUGAUGGAUGUCGUGGGUCUGGAUGUUGUCUAUGACAUUGAGCAGCACUAUGCGGAGGCAAGGGCGGAUGUGCCUGAGGAACCGAGACAGUACCUCAAGAACUAUCUGGAUCGGGGAGACUUGGGCGUGAAGAGUGGCAAAGGUUUCUACGAGCACGCAAGGAAGGAUACUUGAUGCACUUUGUCGAUCUACCCGUGGGUUCGAGGGUACUGUCCUUUUCUGUAUUUCGUUUGCCUAACGAAAGUGUUUGAUAUAGCUCCAUGUACAAGCAAUGUCUCAGCCAAU